AUGAAAUACUAUCGAACUAUCAAACGGCACUUGUGUUAUAAAUAUUUACUAUCAAAAUGUCGAUGGCUUUGUUUUAUUACAACAUUGUCGGUAUUUUAUAUUUUCAUUCGAUGUUAUAGCUUCACAAGUGAGUUAACAUUUAUGAACAGUUUUUUAGAAACAGAAAAAUGUUGGAAUUUUAACUACGAUGAUCAAAUACCAAAAUUAAUUUUAUUUUGGACACAAACUUAUAUGAGAAUAAAUAUAUCAUUAGAAUACUGGAAUCAGAAAUUUAAUGAUAAAACGUGUCCCUAUCAUCAAUGUGAAGUGAUAUUCGAUCGUUCAAAACUCUGUCAAAGUUCAGCUUUAGUAUUUCAUUUACGCGAUAUUGAUCUUAAUUAUUUACCUCAACACCGUUCUGCGAAACAACGUUUUGUACUUUACUCAAUGGAACCACCACACUUGAAUCCAAAAUUUGUGGCAAAUAUGAACAACUAUUUCAAUUGGACAGCAACAUAUCGACAAGAUUCUGAUAUGAUAACAAGUUAUGUUUAUUGGCGAAAAAGAAAGAAAAUAUUGGGACAGUUAGCAGAACAAGAUUAUCUAAAAAAUCGUUCAGCAAAAGUAGCAUGGUUGGUGAGUAAUUGUUAUUCACAUAAUCAUCGUGAAUUAUACAGUGAACGUCUAUCAAAAGCGAUCAAUAUGACCAUUGUUGGAAAAUGCUCAAAAACGAGUUCAAACAUCUGUAAUAAAACAAUAAGAGAAUGUUUAGAUCAAUUGGCAAACGAUCAUUCAUUUUAUCUAGCAUUUGAAAAUUCAUUCUCAAAAGAUUAUAUUACCGAAAAAUAUCAACAUCAGAUUGAAUUAAAAAAAAUGAUACCAAUCGUCUUUGAGACAAACCAUUAUAAUUAUCAAAAAUUAGUAAUACCAAAUUCUUACAUAGAUGCCAACAAAUUUGAUUCACCAGAGAAUUUAGCGGACUACUUGAAACAACUUGUUCUUAGUAAAGACAAGUAUAACAAAUAUUUUCAAUGGCAACAUGAGUAUGAAGCUUAUGAAGAUCCAACAAAAACAUUUUUAUGUGAAAUGUGUCGAAAAUUGUGGAACAAAAAUGAACCAAAAAAAGUAUAUAAUAAUAUUAAAAAAUGGUUGUUCGAAGAUGCAAACUGUCAACGAUGGUCAUCAAAUAAAAAUGGAACAAUACCAAUACCAAUUCAUGAAUCAAUUGUUUAUCGCGAUCCGUAA